GGCGUCAACCGCACCUGGUUCUGCGGCAGCUACUGCGGCUACGGCUUCCACGAGGACGCGCUGCAGGCCGGCCUCGCCGUCGCCGCGGCGCUGGGCUGCCCGGCGCCCUGGGCGGAGCAGAUCACGCCGGUCAGCCCGGCCGCGGGAAUCGUGCCGCCGUCGGCCCAGCGCGCUUUGCCCGCUAUGGACUCGGCGCUCUACUUCGGCGAGGUGAUGCACAAGCGGCUGCGCCCCUUCACGCAGCGCUUCGUCUACCGCGUCUUCUCGCUUUGGUUGGACCUGGACGAGCUGCCGCGGCUCGACCGCCGGCUCCGGCUGUUCAGCCACAACCGCUUCAACCUCUUCAGCUUCUACGACCGCGACCACGGCGCGCGCGACGGCUCCGCGCUGCGCCCCUGGAUCGAGGCGCAGCUCCGCGCGGCGGGGCGCGACAUCGGCGGCGGUCCGGUGCGCCUGCUCUGCUUUCCGCGGGUCCUGGGCUAUGUCUUCAACCCGCUGACCAUCUGGUUCUGCCACCGGCCCGACGGGACGCUCGACUCGCUGCUCUACGAGGUGCGCAACACCUUCGGGCAGAAGCACGGCUACCUGAUCCCCCUGGGCGCGGCGCCGGCCCCGGGCGAGGCGAUCCGCCAGGCCUGCGACAAGGGCUUCUACGUCUCCCCCUUCAUCGGCAUGCAGGCGCGCUACCGCUUCAAGCUGCGCGAGCCGGACGCCGCGCUCUUCGUCGCGAUUCUGGAGGAGGUGGCCGCGGGGCCGCUGCUGGUCGCCACCCAGACCGGGCAGCGCCGGCCCUUGCGCGACGGCACGCUGCUGCGCGCCUGGCUCACCCGCCCGCUGAUGACCGUGAAGGUGAUCGCCGGCAUCCACUGGGAGGCGCUGAAACUCUGGCGCCGGGGCGCGGCGUAUCACAAGAAGCCGGCCCCGCCGGCCGCCGAGGUGACCGUGCUGCCGCCCCAGCCGGCGAGCCACGGCGCCGCCCCCUCGUCCAGCGCGCCCCAGGCCGCCGAGUAG